AUGUCUGUGUUUUUCAAGGAUAUAUCACUGGACAAUCCGGUACGGGCGGGAGAUGUGGAGAAGCUGCUCAAGCCCUUGGGUUUGACCGUGAACCCAGAGGAAUCUGCCGAUUACACGCGCCUGCUGGCCGCGGCACACGACUGCGCAGAGCGCGUAUCCAAGCUCCCAGACUACCAGCCUGCACCGGAUAUUGAGCGCUUUCCCCGCCGCGACAUACAUAUUCCAACCGCGGAUGAGCAAGCGUAUGGUCAUGCAUGGGCUCACCGCUUCACGGUUUGCGGGAAUACGUUUGCUACGUCAGGUAUGAGAGGAAAGAGGGUUUGCAUCAAGGACUGCAUCGCCGUGGCCCAUGUUCCACAGUUCUUUGGAAGUGAUGCGUUUCCGGCCUGGACACCCAAGGUGGACGCAACGGUCGUGACAAGGGUCCUCGAGGCUGGCGCUGAUAUCGUCGGCACAGCUACCUGUGAGAACUUUUGCAAUUCGACGUCUUCAUUCACCAGUGCCCAGGGCAUCGUCGAGAAUCCUCACAAGCCUGGCUACUCUGCUGGAGGGAGCACCUCGGGCGGCGCUGCUCUCGUGGGUGGGGGGCUAGUGGAUGUCGCCAUUGGGACUGAUCAGGGCGGGAGCAUUCGGGUGCCUGCAUCACUUUGCGGGUGCGUUGGCUUCAAACCGACACAUGGGCUCGUUCCAUACACGGGCAUCACAAGUGGUGAUCAGAUUGAUGACCAUGCUGGCCCUAUCGCGGGGUCUGUUGACGAGGUUGCCGAAUGUCUUGACGCCAUUGCCGGAUAUGAUGGGAUAGAUGAUAGGUCCCUUGCUGCAGCGCCUCCUGGGUUCUUCCAAUACAAGGCAUCUCUGACAGGCUUGGACCAGAGGCUCGACGGCGUACGAGUUGGCGUUUUGAGAGAGGGCCAUGAAAGCGACUUGAUACAACCUGGCGUCAGAAAAUCGUUCUUCGAGGCCGUCCAGCGAAUCGAGGCACUCGGUGGUACUGCGGAAGAAGUCACCAUCCCCUUACACAAGGAAGGGCCUUCGAUAUGGACCAUUCAGCAGCGCAUAUCUGGGACAUCCGGCAUCCUGGGUCACGCCAACGGUCGCAGAGGCCUUUACCUGACUGAAUUUGAGCACGCCCGCCUGCCGUGGACAGCACGCAAUUUUGAUAAGCUAUUUCCCUCGACUAAGAAUACUGUGAUUAACGGCUUGUACCUUGCACAUAAGUUCCCGGGCCUGUACGCCAAAACAGUCAACAUUGGGCGGAAAAUUGCAGACGCUUACGAGGCAAUGUUCAAAAGCUAUGAUGUGAUCAUCAUGCCCACAACACCAUUUGUGGCGCCGCGACAUGGUGACAGGAGGUUCGUGUUGCGAUCAUUUGAACCUAGCAUGGGCAUGACUGUCAAUACGGCCGUGUUCAAUGUUACAGGGCAUCCAGCUCUAUCGCUGCCUAUAGGGUGGUCGAUGGCAGCAGACGAUGAGCAAGUCAUGCUUCCAGUCGGGAUGCAAAUUGUCGGUGGUUUGUGGCAGGAGAAGAAAGUCCUGAGGGUGGCCAAGGCUGUUGAACAGAGCUUUGACUGGAAGCUUUCCAAUCCGGUCACUAGCGGAGACAUCAACAGACCCAGGGACUCAUCGGGAGAAAAAGUCGAUGCCAAGGUUGACGAGAUUGAACAACGAGCUCCAAAUGGACACCAGGCAGGCAAGGCCUGUCCGGGACCACUUGCUGCUAUGGAGAGAGCGGGGGUCACUGCAUGA